AGUUUUUCAUUAGUGUUUAUUUUUAAAAAUGGCGACGUUUAAAAACAUCAUGAGAAUUUCACCGACUAUUAAAAAUAUCAAAAAAUUAAUUAAUACAUUCUCAUUUUUUGCCAGUCCAUAUACAAAAAAUACAUUAUUGAACGUUUCACACAGAUCAUGUGUAAAAAGUGUUACUGCUGCAUUUCACACUACUGCAAAACGAAAUGAUUUAAUGGAAUUUUUUGAUGAUGAAAAAAAUUGGGGUCAAGAACGUGUCAGAGUUGGUCGUUCAUGGAAUAAAGAUGAAUUAAGACUCAAGAGUAAUGAAGAUCUUCAUAAGUUAUGGUAUGUCCUUUUGAAAGAAAAGAACAUGCUUCUAACUAUGGAACAUGCAUAUAACGAAGCAUAUGAAUACUUUCCUAAUCCAGAACGGAGAGAUAAAGUCGAAGAAAGUAUGUCUAAUCUAGAAGAAGUUGUUCGGGAAAGAAAUAUAGCGUAUCAUGAACUUGAAACUGGUGAACAUGGUGAACGACCAUCACGUUACGUGAGCAAUCAACUAGGUUUAAGAUAUCGUUAUAAAUGUUGUGAACAUAUUAUACCUGCUUUUAUGAACAAAUCAUGGAGAGAAAAACACAUCACUACAUAUGGUGGCUAUGCAGUAGCUAAAUUCAGACGUUUAUAUCGUGAGAAAUUGUUUUUGGAAAAGCGGAGAGAAACUAAUCGUCAAACUAAUCAAGCAAAGAUUGUUCUCAAGCGGUUCCCGAAUGUGGAUAUGGAAGCAUUGCAAGCCGCAUAUCCUAAAGCUAAUGUCAAAAAAGCUAUGUAUCACAGUCGUUCAAGAAGCCACCAUGUACCCUAACGAUUUUGUAUAAAAUAAAUAAGUAAAAAAAAAUCAAA